CAGAUGAAAUAUCUCAAGCCAUAUCUGUACCUUUAGAAGCAGCAUUUGCUUCUCCUCCAACAGCUACCUUUGGUUCAGCGCCUAAUUCUCUUUUUGGCUCCCAGAAAAAUUCAUUUGCUUCACCUGCAGUUUUUCAGGAAGCUGCCUGCAGUUCAGUAUCUUAUGCUCCACCUGCACCUGGAUUAAAUUUUUUGGCUGCACCUAGAACUGAUGCAUCAUUCUUUUGUCUUCCACCUUCUGCAGCCAGAAAACAAGCUUUCAUUCAAAUUGGUUUACCUGCUCCGCCUGGAGGUAUACCACAAAUGCAAGUUCAGGAAAUUAAUGAAAUGCCAUCAUAUAACUUCAAGCUAGAUACUGUAUCAGAAGUAAAGCAAUCAAGUUUAUUCUUAUCACUUGAUGAACAGCCUGAUGCACUACAGUUAAAGAAUGCUCAAAAAAACAAACUAAAAAAGAUUCAACUUUUGAAUAUUACAAGCUUGGCAUUAAUGUACUCUGCCAAUCUUAAAAGUCCAUGUGACGAAUAUAGGUUGUUGUUGAAAAAAUGUGCUGAUGAUGUUCGACAAUUAGAUCCAGAGUUUAUUUUGAAGGUUGCACUUUAUGCACGUCAAGAACUUCAUAUUAGAUCUGUUGCAAAUUUCCUGCUUUCUUAUGCAGCCUUCUAUGAAAGUACUCGUAUAUUCUUGGAGAAGUAUUUUAAAACUAGUAUAGUUUUGCCAUCAGAUUGGAUUGAUGUUGGAGAGCAUUACCAAGUGCUGGCUGUAGAAGCAAAAAAGAAGUGCUUCACUCUACAUCUUCACACUUCUUUUCCUAGUGCUUUACGCAAAGUUUUGAAAAAUUCCUUUUCAAAAUUUGAUGAAUAUCAACUUGCGAAAUACAAUAGAACUAAGAAGAAAAAAACGCAGGUUUUGAGGGAAAAAGAGAAUCUGACUGAAAAUGAGGAUGAACAAAAGAUGGAACUUCCUAGGACAUUUACAUUAAAACAGCUAAUACGUGUGCUACAUAUUAGUGCUCCUGCUGAUAAAGUGAUGUGUCUUCUUGGAAAGAAGUAUCCUAGCUGUUAUCAAGAUUUCCAAUCUUCUGGAUUGCCAGGUAAUUGGGAUUCAAGUAAGGCUGGUCAGAGAAUGAAGCUUCCGGUUCCUGAGACUUGGGAAACUCAAAUUUCUGCUUAUGGAAACAACCCUGCUGUUUGGGAGUCAUUAAUAGAUUCUUCAAAACUUCCUUACAUGGCAACUCUUCGUAAUGUUAAGAAUUUAAUUUUGUCUGGAAUAUCACCUAAGCAUCAUGAGAAAGUUUUAAAAUACUUGGGAAACAAAAAUGCUGUACUAAAAAGUAGACAGUUUCCAACCCAAUAUUAUGAAGCAUAUAAAAGUUUGGUAGUGCUUGAAGAUAUGUUAAAGAAAAAUGAAGCAAAUGAACUUCCAGAAAAGCCUGAGAAAUCUGUUCCAUUUUGGCUACAAAAGCAAAAAGAAAAAAUGCUUUCAAAAAUUCAAAAUGCAUCACUAAAACUCUUGCAAAACUACAAGAAAACUAUCAGUGCUGCUGUAGAAAUAUCAGCCUUACAUAAUUUGCAGCCAAUUCCAGGAAAAACAUUAGUCAUAUGUGAAAUAUCGAAUUCUAUGAUUAAAAAUUUGAGAGGUAAAAGACAAAAGUUGCAAGAGACGUGUUUACUCACUGGUUUGAUGUGCUUAAGGGCAUGUGAAGAUUGCAAAAUGACCAUUCUGCUUAACUUUGAAAAGCAGGAAAGCAUUGUUUUAAAUGAAUGUGAUCAGUUUCUGGAAGUUGUUAUGAAUGUGUGUGAGAAAUUCAAAUGCAGUCCAGAUGAAGUCUUCUCAUACUCCAAAGUGCCUUUGGAAAACAUUUUGUACCAUUAUUUAAGACCAGCUACUAUGUAUGCAACUAAGCUCGAUCACAUUAUACUUAUGAGGACUGGAGCAAGUGAUACAGUUUGCGCGGACAUUAGGAGUACCAUGUGGUCAUUUCUUCAUAAAUACCGAGUUACUGUUAACCCUGAACUAUUAUACACAGACGUUGAUUUCUGUCUAAGGACUAUGAACUUCCCUCCUGAUAGGUUAGAUUCUGAGAAAGAUGUGUAUAUAUGUGGCGGUAGCAACCAAUUAAUCAAGUUUAUUGCCCAAAGAUCAAGUGGAGGUCAACUCACAUGUGUAGAAAAUAUUGAUACUAAAUAUGGUUUGCUGGAUGUUUCAAAGCCAAACAGACGUUUUCAAGUUUCUAAUAAAACUGAAGAACAAACUAUUUCCCCUUUGGCCAAAAUACCCAAGUGGCAUACUGUACGUAUAUUUAUUUCAUCCACCUUUAAGGACAUGCAUUCAGAACGGGAUUUAUUAAUAAAAUUUGUUAUGCCAGAACUUCAAAGAAGGGCUGCUUCUAUUUUCAUCCGUAUAAAUGAAGUUGAUCUAAGAUGGGGCAUCAGUGAAUCAGGCACUGAAAACAAACGUGCUGCAGAAUUAUGUUUACUCGAAGCGCAGAAUUCAGAUCUUUUUAUUGGAAUUGUUGGAGGAAGAUAUGGCACUCUGUAUAACUUUGGUGCUCCAGAUUCUCCUACUCUUGAUUGGGUUACCACAGAGUGUGAAUGGGAAUCAGGUUUAUCAAUUACUGCACUAGAAAUGCGUGCAUUUAGCAUGAAAAAUCCUGAAUGGAAAGCAUUCUGUUAUCUGAGGGAUGGCUCGUUUGCUCGGGGUUUGCCAACAAAGUGGAAAUCUUAUUUUGUUGAUGAGGAUGAAAAUUUACUCUCAAAAUUAGAAAAAUUUAAAUCUGUUAUAAGAAAAAGUGGUGUAAAAGUAUUCAAUGGAUAUCCAUGUCAGUUUGCUGGAAUUCUUAAGGGUAAACCAAUCUUGUCAGGAUUAGAGACGUUUGGAAGUACUGUUAUAGAAGAUGUAUGGAAUGCCCUAAAAAGAAUACAUGAUGAGAAUCCAUGCUUGGAUGAAGUAGCUGAAGAGGAUAUGAAUCAAGUUGAUCUUUUUGACUCACACCAGUUUUGUGUUGGAGAAAAAAAUUCAUGUAUUGGAGAUGUUUUAUCUGCUAUUCAAUCUGAUUCUGAAAUUGUUGUAAUGUUUGGAUCCCCAGGCUCUGGGAAAACAUCAACAAGUGUUCAGCUAUUGAAAAAACUUGAAAACUAUCCAAUAAUAAAGUAUUUUAUUGGUGGGUCUCCACAAUCAAAAGAUCUUUCUUAUAUGUUACAUUACAUUUGCAACUCUAUAGUCAAGCAAUUCCCCGUUUCUGCUGUUUUUCCACAACUAGCUAGUGACAUUAUAAAUCAAUUUCCGGACAUUCUGAAUGAAGCAGUUAGCUCUACUGGAUGUAAAAACCUCAUCUUGCUUAUAGAUGGUUUAGACCAUUUAGAACUUGAAAGUCAAAGACUUGAUUGGCUGCCUCUAUCACUGCCAAAAGGUCUAAAGUUGAUUUGUACAACUUCUGAUUCAUCUCAUGCGCUCAAAGUGCUCAGUGAAAGAAAGUCACAUGGAUGCUCAAUAGCUUUUCAGUCUGUUAAUUCUUUACAAAAAGGUGACAGAGAGAAACUUGUAAGAGAAUACCUUUAUGCUCAUGGGAAAAAGCUUGAUGAAAGCUCUUUUAAUAAUCAGAUGCUGCUAUUAGUAACGAAAAAAGAAAGUGACAACCCUUUUUACUUGAAGCUUGCUUGUGAUUUUCUUAGAACCUAUGCUACUUUUGAAACAUUUUUGUCCAUGCUUCAGCGUCUGCCAACAACUGUGUCAAUGCUAUUAGAUGAAAUAAUACUGCAGAUGGAAAAUGAGUUUGGAACUUUAAUGAUGCAAACUGCACUAACUUUGUUAUGCAUUACGAAAGAAGGUAUUGAAGACUUAGAUUUUCAUAUUAUACUAAGUUAUGCUGUAUCAACGGAUAGAAAGACCUCAUCUGUAGAAAAAAUGGUUAAUGAAAUAUUGGCACAUACUCCAGAAAAUUUCAUUCCUCAUGUUACUUACUGUUCUAUGAUGCAUCUGAUUGGAAUAUUUGCUUUUGGAAAUUCUAGACACAGGUGUUUUACCCUCAUUGGAACAGAGUUUGAAAAAGCUGUAAGAAAGUUCUACAUGAAUAAAAACUAUGACACUUAUUCAGAUACAUUACACUCUGUUUUAGCUGCCUAUUAUAAAACUAACUGUGAUCCUCAAAAUAAUGGAAGUUGGAGUGGAAGUUCAAGAUCUGCUCUACGAAAUUUGCUGCAUCAUUUAUAUAAUGGAUUUUGCUACCAUGAACUUGCUGAGUACCUGUGUUGUCACAAAUUCUUAGAGGCUGUUUUUCGUUUGAAUGCUGCUGACAGUAUACUUGGAUAUUAUUCAUCCUUGCUCUCUGAGCUGAGACAAAUUAAUAACAAAACUAAAGGAAUAGAUGCUGGUAGAUUAUUGCAAUUUUCUGAAUUUGUUUCCAGAAAUAUUCAUAUAUUUCAUCAGUACCCCCAGUUAGUCGUCCAGCAAGCUAUGAAUGAGCCGAAAAAUUCUGCUGUUUUACUCCAACAAAAUAGUAGUACUACAAGUACUUUUGAAUGUCUUUCACGUUCUUCUUUGGUUGAUUUUCGACUUGCGACUUUUAGUGGCUUUUUAAAGAAUAUUAUAUCUAUUGGUUGGGAAAAUAAUCAACCAUAUGCAGUACUUGGAAGUGAAGAUGGAUAUUUGAAAGUAUUGGAUAUAUCAUCCAGAAAGAUGCUUAGGACAAUCAAAGGUCAUUCAUCUGCAAUUUCUUUUGUCUGCUUUGCUGGGAAAAAUCGUAUCUGUCUUUCAUCUGCUGAUACUACACUAAGCAUAUGGAAUGUUGAAAAUUUUAGCAGAAUUGCUGUCUUAAAAGGACACCGGGAUAUUGUUACUUGUUGUUGUGCUGAUCCUGAUGGAAGUAUUUUAUUUUCAUCUGGAUGGGAUAAUUCAAUUCGCUUGUGGAGUUUGCAUGAUGGAAGACCCAUUUCUGUUUUCGAUGAUUUUAAGUGUCCUGUAAAUUGUGUUGCUCAUCAUCCAUAUAAGCAAAAUAUUUCUAGUGGUCUUUGGAAUGGGUAUAUAGAGAUAUGGGAUACAGUAUCAAUGACAAAAAAACUUUCUUUUCAUGGAAAUAAUGGUUCUGUCAAGACAAUUGCUUAUACCCCUGAUGGUCACAAUAUAAUUACAUCAUUUAUUCAUUCUGACAUUAUAAUUUGGUCAUCUGAAUUAGGUCUGAAGAUUUCAAGUUUAAAAGGUCAUGUUCUACCUGUGAAAUCCCUUAGUAUUUCUGCUGAAAUGUUCAUCAGUGGUAGUGAUGAUGGUACUUUAAAAGUCUGGUCAUCUGAGCCUGGUAUAUGUUCAACAAAUUCAGAGGAAUGUAAAUCUUGUCCUAUAAAAUUUCUUGAAUUUGUAUCCAUUAAUCAUCUUGCUGUUGUGUUUCAAAAUUCUUCGUUAUGGAUUAUCGACGUGAAUAAUGGUCAUGUCAUCUGUAAGGAGAACAUUCCGUCUGAACAAAUUUCUUGUGUUGCCAAAAAUAGUAGCUAUGCCACUGAUAGAGUACUGUAUUCUGAUUGGUUUUACACAUCUGUUAUUGUUGGGAUGGAAUCUGGAAAUAUAAUAGUCUGGAACUUUUUCUCAUCAACAACUACACUUGUUGGAAAUAUUGGUUCAAGAGUAACUGCUAUCAUUCAAAACAGAAGUAUUAUUUUUUGUGGUGCUGCAAAUGGUGACAUUGGGAUGUUUACUUACCCUGAAUUAAUGCAUACAAAAAUAAUAAAUAGAGCCCAUAAUGCAUCCAUUACAACUUUAUUUUGUAAGGAUAAGUCUGAAGAUGUGAUUCUUGUGUCAACAUCUACUGACAAAGGAGUGAAUGUAUGGUUACUCAAAGAAAUAUUUGAUAAUAUGGAUGUAGAUUUACUUGCUCAAUAUUCUACCAAGCAUAAAGAUUAUGUAACAGCUGGAUGUUUUAUGGAACUAUUGACAGAUGAAACUACUGAUGUGGAAGGUGAAAGUUUUCUUACGGGAUCUUGUGAUAAUAACAUUAUCUAUACCAAAGGAGAUUAUAAUAUUGUCUUUAAGGGUCUGCAAACCAGUGUGAACCAUGUAGGAUAUGCAAAUGACUGUAUUUUUGGUUGUGGAAUUGAUGGCAGUAUAAUUGUGUGGUCUGUUGAUGGAAGAGUUUUGAGUUCUGUACCUGGAAUCAACCAGUCUUCAGCAGUAUUAGCAUACUGUAUUGAUAGAGAUUCUACCAAUAAACUUGAUGUUUUGCUUGCUUUUGUUGAUAAAGAUGGAAGUGUUAAAAUAAGAAAAUCUUUGCAGAAAUCAUUUUGGUAUUCACUUCAUGGGCACAGCAAAGGUAUCACAUCUUGCUGCUUAGAUGACUCAGGUGAAAUUUUAUCGUGUUCUCUUGAUGGGACUGUUAAUCUGUGGAAAACACCAUUUUCUGCUCCUGGCAAUUCUCUCAUUCAUGCAACAGCUAUUACAAGUGUUUUAUUUUCUUCUGAAUGUGACGUAAUUCUGAGUUCUGAUACUGAAGGGAACGUAGUUUUAUGGAAAGUGUCUUUAUCUUCUAAGGGCUACCAUCUCAUAUAUGUUACUAAAAAAACUUAUCCCAGAAGCUACAUCAAGUGCAUGGCAUUGCUUAAAGAUAACACUUUUGCUGUUGCAUAUACUCAAUAUUGUGAUUCCGAAGAUAAAUAUUUUUUGGACAUAUUGCAGUAUGAUUCUGUUGUUUCACUGGAGAAUAUGUCAUAUAGUUUGCACUUGAAAACAUCUUAUGAACUUCCCAGUGAGACAAUGUGUAUGGAUUCUUGUAAUGAAACAAACACUCUUCUUGCUGGUUUGAAAUCAGGAGAGUUAGUCAGCUUAAUAAAUGAUGUGAAAGCUACAGUCAGUGUUUCUACUGACUGGAUUUUAGGUGUGUGUAUAUUUUCACGUAAUGAAAGCAAGGAUUCUGUAUGUGUAUCUCUACUGAAGGGAUUGGUGAAAUACUUUAGUUUUUCUGAUAAGCAAUAUAAAAAAGUAAUUGAUUUGACAGAAGCAUCUUCCUUUACGCCUUAUGCUUAUUCAAUUUGUUAUGAUGGGGCAAAAAGAAUUUUAAUUGGAGAUGCUUUGGGUUACCUCUGGAUUUGUGGAGAUUCAUCGCUGGAGUCGUCUGCCAAGAUACAUACAGAUGCAAUCACAGGUGUUUGUGUAGUUGGUGAUUAUAUAUUUACCAGCUCUUUGGACAAGACUGUAAAAGGCUGGCAUUCAACUUCACUAGAGCAGGCUUGCCAGUUUCAUUCUUCUGCUCCAGUGACUUCAAUAACAUCGUCAGGAUUGUUUGACAGUGAUAAAAAGUAUAUUUUAGUAAUAGGUACCACAUCUGGUGAAGUUCAUCUUCUGAAAUAUCAACCUACAUAGUAUUUUGUUAAAUUUUGAUUGUACUGCUUUGUAAGACAUAUGCUUAUGUUUUGUAUGUACUGAUUUACAAAAAUCUAAUUUAAAAUAUUGCUAUGAGCUUCUCUGUUGAAAUGAUUUAUAUAUUUAUGAAAAUAGUUUAUUGUUUUGUAAAAAAAAAAAGAGUUACUUAAUUAAAAAGUGAAUAAAAUGUUAUUGAAGC